AUGCCUCAUCUGCUCUUCUUCGGUCCUCCUGGAUCGGGAAAGACAUCAGCAGCGUUGGCGCUUGUGAAGGAACUUUUUGGGCGAGAAGAUGCUAAGAGCCGCCUGCUGGAGUUGAAUGCUUCAGAUGAAAGAGGCAUUCGGGUUGUCCGCGAAAAGAUCAAAAAGUACACCAGGACAAAUACACCCAAGGGGAAGAUCAACCCAGAGACGGGGAGAGAAAUGCCCCCUUGGAAAAUCGUUAUACUCGACGAAGCGGACAUGAUGACGCCUGAUGCGCAGGCGGCCUUGAGACGCAUCAUGGAGGCGUUUGCAAAAAAUACCCGAUUUAUUAUCAUUUGUAAUUAUAUACACAAGAUUAUCGACCCUCUCUUCAGCAGAUGUUCUCCCCAUCGCUUUGAACCUGUGUCUCCCGAUGCCCAAGUGGAGAGGCUGAAGAUGAUCUGCAAGGCAGAAAAUCUGAACGUUGACGAGGCAGCGCUCGUGCGGCUGAUGAAUUUAACUUCUGGUGAUUUACGGCGAGCUGUGAAUCUUCUACAGUCAGCAGCGGGUAUUCACCAGAAGAUCACGGAAGACGCGAUUCUUGAAGUUGCUGUCCAUCCGCCCUCUUACGUCGUUCAAAGCGUCCUUAAUGCCUGCGCGACUUCGCCAGAAGCGAUGGUUGCAGAAGUUGUUAAAUCCAACGCUCUUUCCGAUUUGCAGAAGGCGUCGAUCCUCCACGAACUCGGAUCAACAGAGUUCGCCGUCUUGCAGGGGGCGAAUUCUUUGCUGCAGCUUCUGUCAGUUUGCUUGAAGAUUCAGGCGGUGGUGCUGCAAGCCUGA